UGCUUCCGGUGCAACGUCGCUCCGUUCCCCGCGGAGCUUCCUCGGCAUCUGGAGGGGAGGGAGGCGCUGGAGGAGCAGGAGAAACAAGCAGCCACCGAGAAGACGAAGGAAAACACGUCGCAGCGAAUACGUGAACGUACGUGAACACAGGCGAGGAAGCCGCCGGCCUAAUAAAACCCCUUUUGAUUGGUUGAGGCGCAAGACUUCUAUCAUCAUCAUCGUCAUCAUGGAUGUUCCCCAACCUGGAGGUCCUCGUAGCCCAUAGCUCUCUACGACCUCCACUUGUAGCCUCUCGAGCCCUGGGCCGUAACCAGCAGCUGUCAAUCGCUGACCUCCUGUCAGCCGGCCAGUCCCGCGUCACGAUGAUGUCAGUCGGCGUGACCAAUCGCAACGGGCCCGCCGCGGCCCCGCCCACCUCGCUCAACCUGCGCUCCUCCCACAACCAGCUCCUCAGCAGCGACGUCACCAAGCAGGGCUCGGCCACGCCCCCCAAGUGCAGGAAAAAGUACGCUCUGACCAGCAUCCAGGCGGCCAUGGGCCUGGGGGAGACGCCCCCGCCCGGCUCCUCCCCCCCGUCCCCGGGGUCCCCGGGGACGAACCCGUCGCCGACGCCCAACAACCCCAAACUGGCCAAGAACGACGUCAACCAGCUCCGGAAGGCGGGGCAGGACCACAACAGGAACACGGUGGGGGGGCCGGAGCCGGGGGCCCCCGACGGCACGGAGGGGCGGCCCGACGAGGACACGCCCGGCCCCGAGAGCGACGCUCCCUCUCAGGUCAACGGCAACGCGGGCGACGGCGGCGGCGGCGGCGGCGGCGGCGGCGGCGGUGGCCUCAUCAUCCCCGACGGCGAGCCCCAGCGGGACGCCAACGCCGGGCCGGAAGAACCCAACCGGAACACGGAGCCCGACGAGAACACGGGCGGGAACGUCCCCCCGGCCCCGGAGCGGAACUCCAAUCUGUCGGCGCUGGAGUUCCACCUGAGCAUCCAGGGCGAGGAGUCGGACGACAUCAGCAUCCUGUCGGAGAAGGAGCUGAUGAUGUCCAAGGUGCAGAUCGAGGAGGAGGAGGAGGAGGAGGAGGAGGGGGAGGAGGGGGAGGGCGACGAGGGGCCGGAGGACGAGAAGGCGCCGCUGCUGCUGAUCCACGGCGACAGCCCGCCGCCGAGACACAAGCGUUUCCCCGCGCCGGGCCUCAUCUCCGACCUCCUCCCCCCCCCCGGCAAUAAGCUGCUCCUCUCGGGGAAGGACUCCCCCCCGGCGCCCCCUCCACCGUCCCCGCCGCGGCGCGACAGCCCGGAGGACACGCCCCUGCUGUCCGUGGCCUCCUCCUCCUCCGCCUCCUCCUCCCCCGAGACCAAGAAGGAGCGCCGCACCGGCGCCAAGACGGACUGCGCCCUGAACCGCAUCCAGAACCUGAACCCCAGCGACGAGGAGUCCAGCUGGACCACGCUGUCCCAGGAGAGCAACACCCCUGAGGAGACAGGCUGGAGGGACUUUGCGUACGUGGCCCGAGACAAGAACACCAGGAUCCUGAAAUGUCAUGUGUUCCGCUGUGACACGCCGGCCAAAGCCAUCGCCACCAGCCUGCACGAGAUCUGCUCCAGGAUCAUGACAGAGAGGAAGAUUGCCAAGGCCCUGGCUGGAGGUUCUCUCCAGGACCGGGUCCAGGCCGGACUGGACCUCCCUCUGCAAGAGUUCCCCACCCCUAAGACGGAGCUGGUGCAGAAGUUCCAGGUGUUCUACCUGGGGAUGCUUCCGGUCGCCAGGCCUAUAGGCAUGGACAUCCUGAACGGGGCCAUUGACAGUCUGGUGGGGUCCUGCGACCGAGCCGACUGGAACCCCGUGGCCCUGACCGUGGCCGAUGCCACCGUGACAAUCAGCAAGGACGAGGAGGAGGAGGAGGUGCUCGUGGAGUGCCGCGUGCGCUUCCUGUCCUUCAUGGGCGUGGGGCACAACGUGCACUCGUUCGCCUUCAUCAUGGACGCCGGCGGCCAGCGCUACGACUGCCACGUGUUCUGGUGCGAGCCCAACGCCGGGGGCGUGUCGGAGGCCGUGCAGGCCGCCUGCAUGCUGCGGUACCAGAAGUGUCUGGUGGCGCGGCCCCCCUCCCAGCGGGCCUGUGGCUCCUCCCCCCCCGGUGACUCGGUGUCCCGGCGGGUGUCCACCAGCGUGAAGCGCGGCGUGCUGUCUCUCAUCGACACCCUGAAGCAGAAGAGACCCGUCACCGAGCUGCCGCAGUGA